AUGACGGGGGAGCUGAGCCCCCCAGCGGGCUGGAAGCCGGUUCUGCUGAUGGAGAUGGAGCAGCAGAGAGCCCAGCUCCUGGGCCAGCGGGGCUACCCGGGCACCUUCCGGCUAGAGGCACACAAGCCCCAGGGAAACCCCCACACGGCGCUGUGGGGUGUCAACCCAGGGGAAGCUGGACAACAGCCAAGUGAGACCCCUGAGAGCCGCACGCCCACGGGCCUGGCUGGCAGCCCGCGCAGGACGCCCAUCACGCAGCACCAGGAGAACGCGCCGCCAGGCACCCAGAAACAGACGCCCACGGCCAGGGGCACGUUUGAGAACUUCUGCCUCAGCGACCGGCUCUGCCAGCAAACCCAGGGCAGCGCUGGCCAGGCUCCCCGCUGGCAUUUCUAUGGGAAACCAACACGGUUAGGACCUGAGCCCGCCACCUGGGACAGCACACUUGUCACUGACGUGCAGUCUCAGCCGGAUACAGGCUUCUCCUGCGCUUUGCUCAGUUUAAAAGUCGAUUCUCCGCUGGUGCAAACUGGCAUCGCUCCCGAGGGCCGUGCUCACUUCUGCCAGCUGCGAAUGCGCCCCGGCAUUGUCCAACAGCCAGCCCUGCAAACUGCCCCCGCGCCGGAAUCAGUCCUGGCACAUCAGCACCAGCCACGGCGGUUCUGCCGCCGAUACACGACCCAGCGCUGCAGCUGCCCUGAAGACCAGAGACGGGCUAUCGUGCAUCUCUGCGGGGUGGAGAUCGAAACAACACAAGAGAGGCUGGUCUGGUGUUUCCCUGCGUUGGCACGGCUCAUGGGAUCGACCCCAUCACUAGCCAUCGGAGGCCAAGAUUUUCAAACGUCCAACCGGAAACACCUUCGGGGUGAUCUGCUCUCUGGUGCCCAUGAGGUUGACCCUGGGCUGCUGCAGCCAGUUCUGGCGCCCGCGUGGACUCUGUCCAGAUCCUCCAGCCAAAGCCCCGUGACCAGCCAGAAGGAGGGGCCGGCCUGGCCGGUUGGGAACCCAGCUGGAGACAGCGAGAAACACCACGGAGCCAGGAGAGGACCCCAGGAGGAGCCCCAGCUCCCGGGACGGGUCAGCCGAUCCCCGGGGCUUAGCACUGAUGACCCGUUCCAGCCCGGACUGGAAGAGUCCAGGGCACAUACGGCAACGGAGAGGAGCCCGGACAACGGGCGACAGGCGGGUUCCCAGCAGCGGGGCUCGGAGGCGGCUGGAGACGGAAAGCCAGAGGCUGAGCUCCAGAGGGUUAACGCCCAGCUGCAGCUGCAGGUCGAGGCACUGGGCAGGGAGCUGGAGUCCAUGCUGGUUCAGCAAGCGCAACGCCACCGCCAGGAGCAAGACAGGCUAGAGCAGGAGGCAGCCCAGCGCUGCAGCGGCCAGGCGGAGGAGCAGGCCAGGCAGAUCCGGGAGCUCCAGGACUCCAAGGCCUUCCUGAGCGACACGCUGGAGGAGAUGGACGUGCUGGUGAGCGCCCUGAGGCGGCAGCUGUCCCAGAGGGAGGAGGAGACGGCGUCCCUGCGGGCAGCCCAGGCGCAGGAGCUGGCGGAGCUGCAGGCGCGGCACGGAGCCAGGCUGGCAGCGGGGGAGAAGCGUCAGCAGGAGCUCGCCGAGCGGCUUUCCCAGGCGACGCGCGGCGCCGAGCAAGAGGCGGCCGCGGCGGCCGGCCAGCGCCAGGAGGCUCGGGCCGCUGCCGAGGCCCUGGAGGAGGCCGAGCGGCGGCUGAGAGCGCAGGAGGCCGAGAGGAGGGAGUACCUGGCGGGAGCAGAAGCCCAGGAGCUGAGGCACCGGCAGCUGCUGUCGCGGUGCCAGAGGCUGCAGGAGAAGCUGAGUGCGAGCGAGGGGAGGCUGGAGGAGACGGAGGCCCAGGUGGCAGCUCUGCAGCGCCAGCUCAGCCCGGGGCAGCAGGAAGGGCCCAGCGGCAGCCCCCCGCUCGGCCCGGAGGAGGAGACGGCCCAGAGGGCCGCGCUGGAAGGCAGGCUCCGGCAGGCCGAGGUGCAGGCCGAGGGGCUGAGAGAGAAGCUGGAGCGGGGCCUGGCGGAGGGAAGGGAGCUGGAGAGGGAGCGAGAGGCCCUGCUGGAGUCAGCGGUGUCUCAGGGGCAGAGCCUGGCGGCCGCCCGGCUGGAGGCUCAGGAUCUCCAGAAAGCGCUGGCUGCACGGCAGGAGCGAAACGCCUCCCUCCAGGCGGCUUUGGAGCACGCGGAGCGGGCCCUGACGGACAAGGAGGAAGGGGCGCGGGGCCUGCAGGAGGAGCUGGAGGGGCAGUCGGCCAAGCUGCGGGAUGCCCUGGCCGAAAACGCCGCUGUGGCCUCCCGGCUGGCGGAAGCCGCCGCGGGCUUCGCGCGCGAGAAGGCCCAGCUGGAGGCGCGAGGCAGCGAGGAGCGAGCCGGGCACGAGAGGGCUGUGGCCGAGCUGAAGAGGCGGCUGGCGGAGUGCGAGGAGCAAAGGCGGGCGGAGGGAGAGGAGAAACAGCAGCUCCAGGCCGUGCUGCGGGGAGCCUCCGAAGAGAGAGACGUCCUGGCCAAGCAAGUGCAAACCACAGCGGCCGCCCUGGAGAGCCGUGCCCGGGAGGCAGGCGAGCUCCGAGACGAGCUGGAGGAAUUGAGGGCCCGCAGCCAGCUGGAGGACACCCGGCUGCAGGAAGCGCUGGCCCGGCAGAAGGAGGAGAGUGACGGGCAGAUGGUGGCGCUCCGGCUCCAGGUGCAGACGUUGGAGCUGGAGAAGCAGAGAGCCGCCGACACGCUGGAGCAGGCCAGGGGGCAGCUCGCCGCCGUGCUGGCGGAGAAGGACGCCUUGGAGGAGACGCUGGCCCGAGCUGCCGCGGAGCUGGAGCGGGCG